AUGGGAAUCAUGAUGGCUCAGGCGGCCAGAAUGAUACUGGAUAAUGAUUUCCUGGAAAGGCCCAGCACAGUUCACAAAGCCUGUGGCUCUCCACAGAGCUGGGAGAUGAAGACAAGCAUUGGGUUGCAGUUUGCUGGAUUCCCUUUUCGGCGUGGGUCUGUUCAUGGGUUGAGGUUCGUUUCUUCAGUUCUUCAGACAUGAAAGGCUCUCCAAUAAAUCCAGUUUUAUCUCUCUGUGGUCUUCCCAUAUUUCCUUACCUCCGCUCGUUCAAAACCAUGCAAUUUUUACAGUAAACGUAACAAAUUAGCUUUUUUUUAAAGCGUGGAGGGAUCUUGAAUAUAAAGAUCAAAUGGAUAGAAAAUUGCAUUGGGAGGUUUUUCUUUUCCAUUUUUCUAUGAGUGGAUGUUUCUGACAAUUUCAAUCCUUGAAGCUGGAUUCUUAGAGAGAGAGAGAGAGAGAGGGAGAGAGAGAGUUGAAGCUGGACUUUAAAUGAUGGCCUAAUUUUAGCAGGUUUGUGGAUGAUCCCUUGGCCUUUUUUGGUUUUGAUCGAAUGCCCCUCCCAGUACAGAGCCAUUCAGAUUCUCAGUAGUUGAUGGUCCCAUUCAAGCUCUACCCAAACCGCUAGGCUUCUAAGAACUCAUCGAAGAUAAAAUCAAUGGAUUCAAUUUCGUCAAGCGCUUCAUCAAUGGAUUCGAUUUCUCUCCCACCCGGACCUUCCCCGCAACCUUCUCACCGUUGCUCUCCCCCAGGGUUUAGGUUCUCCGUUUCAGAUGCUUCUUCUUCUUCGUCGUCAUCUUCUUCUUCAUCCGUCUGCAACCGUUCUCUGCUUCAGCCGGCGACGAGGACGGGACCAGUGGAGCGUCGCCUUCGCCCUGGACACCGGCGGCGCGACUGACGGCGGCGGCGGUGGCGGGCAGGAGGGCCUCGGCGGAGAGAGCUCGGGGCUCGGCAGGACGAGACUGGGCACCAUCGUCCGCGCAGCGGCAAACCAGCUCCUGGAGAAGCUCAACAGCACCCGCAAGAAUUUCCCCACGAAGAUCUUCCUCCUGCUGCUCGGCUUCUACACGGCCAACGCCCUGGCCACCAUCCUGGGCCAGACCGGCGACUGGGACGUGCUGGUCGCCGGAAUCGCGGUGGCCGCCGUUGAAGGGAUCGGCGUGCUCGUGUACAGACGGUCGCCAUCCGUGAUGAGGUCUGGGAGAUUGCAGACCCUCAUCGAGAUGGUGAACUAUUGGAAGGCCGGGGUCUGUUUGGGCCUCUUCGUGGAUGCUUUCAAACUGGGCAGCUGA